AUGGCCCUGCGCCAAAACAAACAAUCCUUUGCGGAUUAUAUCUCUGACUUUGAGAUGCUGGCUGCGGACGCAGGGUACAAUGUGGUCACCACCACCGAUGACAAGGGCGAGUACAAGAAGGGGGAUCAAGACAACAUCCUUAUUGAGGUCCUUGAGCGUGGGCUGAGCAGAAAGAUUGCAAGUCGCCUCGACAACACUGGUGUCCCUUUGCCCAAGGCGUAUGGUGCCUUCAAGGACUGGUGUGUCAACAUCGAGGCAAACCCUCUGCGCGAUCAGCUGCGCAAAGCAUCGCAUGGGCACUCCAUGCCACGACCACCUCCCCAAUGA